GCUUGAUGGAACUUCGUUCAUGAUGACGGCGAUGAGCAUCUGCUUUAAGUUGUCUCAAUGUCUACUGGGUCUGACUUCCCUACGGAUAGAGCCUUCAGGUUUCCUGACGGGAAGUGAGGACAAAUGGUGGGAGCAUCCAUGAGGCGGGGCAGCGGCAGGGUUGAAGCAGGGGACCAGUUCCCCUCCGAACUUUAACUUGGACCCAUCCAUCUCAACUUCAACAACCCCUCCUGGAAACCUGCCGUGAAGCGACUUGGGCCGACAACUCCCACCAGCACAGCCCGCCUGCUCGUGCCAUGGCCAACUUCCGCAGGUUUCGGCCUGGCGAUCUGAACAAACUCUCAAAAUGCAAUCUCGAUCCUUUCACCGAGACAUAUGAGCUUGGGUUCUACCUUCAGUACUAUGCGACAUGGCCGUCACUCUUCCAGGUCGCCGAGGACCAGCACGGCAACAUCAUAGGCUACAUCAUGGGUAAGCUCGAGUCGUCGCCCGACGUGUACCGUUUCUCGGAGCACUACUUGCCCUGGCACGCCCACAUCACGGCCGUCACCGUGGCCCCGGAAGCCCGCCGGCUAGGUAUCGGCAAGCUGCUCACGGAGCAGCUCGAGAUGGCGGCCGACGCCAACAACGCCUGGUUCGUCGACCUGUUCGUGCGCGUCAGCAAUCAUAAGGCCAUUGCCUUCUACAAGAGCAUGGGGUACAGCGUCUUUAGGGUGGUCAAGGAUUACUAUGGCGAGCAUUCGAGUGAUCCUACCCUCUCGAGCGAGGACGCCUACGACAUGCGAAAGCCCAUGAAGAGGGAUGUCAAGAAGGAGCAUAUCAGGGAGGAUGGCGAGAAGCACGAGGUCACUCCCGCCGAUGUGUGGUGAAACGGCCCUGCGAAAAUGCCCGCACGG